UGGGCUUGAAUUUUGAAUUGAACACGCUAAGACGUAGGAAGGAGAGUCUUCAGGGUCACAAUCUGAGAGCCGAACGCUCCUCCCCAAAUCUCGAAUGCUCUUGUCGUUGCCUUUUGCGAGGAAAUAAUGUCUUCAAAAGCAGAUAGUAGAAAGAAGGUUGGUGGGAGCUCAGGAAAUGGAAAACUUUUAAGUGAUCUUGAAACCCUAAGUAAAGCCUAUUAUGUAGACAAAUCUCGGCCAAGGCUUACAAGUUCUACCGCUAGCAGCAGAUCCAAGUCUGUUGAUAAAACACAAUUGCCCAUCCCGAAAACAAGGCCUGUGGAUUCUAGGAAUAAAACAAAAGAUUCAUCUGAACAGGAUAAGAAGUCAUCCAUUUGGAGUUGGAAGGGUUUAAAGGCCUUGACCCAUGCCAGAUCCCGCAGGUUUAAUUGCUGCUUUUCGCUGCUGGUUCAUAACAUCGAGGGGUUACCAGAUUAUUUUGACAAUGUUCGUCUUGUUGUGCACUGGAAGAGGCGGGAUGAUGAGCAAACAACAAGUGCAGCUAGAGUGUAUCAAGGGGUGGCAGAAUUUGAUGAACAAUUGACUCAUACUUGUUUGGUAUAUGGUAGUAGGAAUGGUCCUCACCAUUCGGCAAAGUAUGAGGCCAAGCAUUUCUUGUUGUUUGUUACUGUCUGUGAUGCCCCUGAGGUUGAUUUGAAAUCCCAUCGGAUAGAUCUAACCAGGUUGCUUCCGCUGACGUUGGAGGAACUCGAAGAAGAGAAGAGCUCAGGGAAGUGGACAACUAGUUUCAGAUUGUCUGGUAAAGCAAAAGGGGCAACGAUUAAUGUCAGUUUCGGAUACGAUGUUAUUGAGAGUGAUAAUACAGAGAUAUCUGCCAACAAAAAUGCUCCUGAAUACCGUAGAUUGCAGCAGAACAAUGCAAAUAUGGCAAAACUCCAUCCUUCCAAGCGAUUGGAUAGCCUUGACAUUUAUAGAGUGGGAAGUCUUCCUGAAAUGUCGUCUUCCUCAAACCAAUCCCCAGAAAAUUUUAAAGACCUUCAUGAGGUUUUACCAACCACAGGGUCAGAGCUGCGUGAUUCGGUUAAUAUACUAUAUCAGAAGUUGGAUGAAGAAAUUUCUUGUGUGGCAGCUAAUAAUAGGUUCGAGGAUGAUAAGUUUGUGCCUUCACAGGUUGAACCUGAUACAGUGAAUUUGAGUAUUCCACCCAAUUCUGGUGAAAAUGUUUCUGAACCUGAAUGCGAAAUCUCUUGUUUUUCUGUCAUAGACAAAGGGAUAGAAGAGUUGACUACUAAUGAAAAAGUUAGGUCAGAAGAUGAAUUGUUGAAUGUUGCUAAGAAUGCUGGAGAUAGUGAUGAACCCAGGAAUGUCGCGGAAUCAGCCGAUGAUGAGGAUGAAAUAAUGGAUGUUGCUAAAAAUCUGGAAGAUGGUCUUGAGCUGAGCACUGCCACAGAUCCAGUCCGUGAUGACGAUGAAAUAAUGGAUGUUACUAACAAUCCAGGAGAUGGUCUUGAGUCGAGUACUGCCACAGAUCCAGUCCGUGAUGAGGAUGAAAUAAUGGAUAUUGCUAAAAAUCCGGGAGAUGGUCUUGAGCCCAGCACUGCCACAGAUCUAGGCCGCAAUGAGGAUGAAAUAAUGGAUGUUGCUAAAAAUCCGGGAGAUGGUCUUGAGCCAAUCACUGCCACAGAUCCAGGCCAGGAUGAGGAUGUGGCAUUGCAUCCAUCAUUUGCAGAAGUUGUUCCCCAAAAUGAUGAUCCACGGACAUACAACUUUAACCAAGAAGAGAAGGGAUGUGACAUGGAUUCCAAAGAAUUACUCAUGAGAGAAAUAGAGGCAGCUUUAAACUCUACUUCUGAUUUUGUGGAUGAAGAUUUCGAUUUCCGAGAAGAUUCCGAAACAUUAGACCUAAAAAGUAGUGUUGAGAAUGAAUCUAAUUGCAGGGAUCAUAGACAGGGAAAAUCACCUUGCUUGGAUGAUACUACAGAUUCAGUAGCUAGUGAUUUCUUGAAGAUGCUUGGUAUGGAGCAUAGCCCAUUCGGAUUGAGUUCUGAAAGCGAACCCGAGUCUCCAAGAGAGCGCCUACUCAGGCAGUUCGAAAAGGAUGCUCUUGCCCACGGAGGUUUACUCAACUUUGACAUCGAUGAUGAUCCAGCUGAAGUUGUCAGCGAUAUUCCAACAGGAUCUGCCUGGGAAACCCUCUCCGAGGACUUCUAUCAUUCAUCAAUUUUCGAAGGUUUCAAGGAUACAUCUGAGGUAGAGACUGAUGCUUUCAAGACUAAACCUCGGGGAUUGAGGAUGGAAGACUUAGAAACCGAAGCUUUGAUGCGCGAAUGGGGCUUCAAUGAAAAUGCUUUUCAGAACUCUCCGCCAAGUGGUUCGGGUGGUUUUGGCAACCCAAUCGACAUUCCUCCUGAGGAUCUUCCACAGCUGCCUCCUCUUGCAGAAGGUUUAGGUCCCUUUGUGCAGACAAAAGACGGAGGAUUCAUACGCUCAAUGAAUCCUGCACUUUUCAAGAAUGCCAAGAGUGGAGGGAAUUUGAUCAUGCAGGUGUCGAACCCUGUGGUGGUGCCGGCAGAAAUGGGCUCUGGUGUGAUGGAUAUACUUCAGGGCCUCGCCUCUGUCGGGAUCGAGAAACUUUCUAUGCAGGCUAACAGGCUAAUGCCACUUGAAGAUAUAACUGGGAAGACUAUCGAACAAAUAUCAUGGGACAGUUCGGCAAGUCUGGAUGGACCCGAUAGGUCUGAAACCUUUCAUCCAGAUUCAGAAAUUUCUCAAAGCAUACACAGUGAGUUUAAGGGUAUGAAGGGAGCUAAAGCAUCCACCAUCUCCGGGUCAUAUAAGACCCCCUCGAAGACACAUAGCAGUGAUGCAGAGUAUGUGUCGUUGGAAGAUCUGGCUCCUCUGGCCAUGGAUAAGAUUGAAGCUCUUUCAAUGGAGGGCUUGAGAAUACAAUCUGGUAUGUCAGAUGAGGAAGCUCCUUCAAAUAUUACAGCUCAAUCUAUCGGUGAAUUUUCAGCUCUGAAAGGACAGACAGUGAAUGCUGGCGGGUCGAUUGCCCUCGACGGAACUGGCGGAUUGCAACUGUUGGAUGUUAAAGAUAACGGCGAAGAUGUUGAUGGACUGAUGAGCCUGUCUUUGACACUCGACGAAUGGGUAAAACUGGAUUCUGGCGAAAUUGAUGACGAUGAUCUGAUCAGCGAGCGAACCUCUAAAGUCCUUGCAGCCCAUCAUGCUACCUCGCUGGAUCAAUUUCGAGGGAGAUCAAAGGGGGAGAAAAGACGGGGCAGGAGCAGGAAGUACGGUUUGUUAGGAAAUAAUUUCACAGUUGCUUUGAUGGUGCAGCUCCGCGAUCCAUUGCGCGACUAUGAGCCAGUUGGCGCACCAAUGCUCGCGCUCAUUCAAGUUGAACGAGUUUUUGUCCCUCCAAAACCGAAACUUUACAGCACGGUAUCAUUUGUGAGCGAAUCUAAUGAGGAUGAUGAAGCAAAAAAGAGCCACAAAACAGAGAAUGUCAUGGACAAGCCGAAAGACAACAAGAUUACCGACGAAGAGCUGAUUCCCCGAUAUAAAGUUUCUGAAGUACAUGUUGCUGGAUUAAAGACCGAGCCGAGUAAAAAGAAGCUGUGGGGUUCAACAAAUCAGCAGCAGGCUGGGUCUCGCUGGUUGCUCGCCAACGGAAUGGGGAAGAAGGAUAAACAUCCGGCGAUGAAGUCAAAGGCCAGCAGUAAAUCUUCCGGCCUUGGUCAGCCUCGGGAUACAUUGUGGAGCGUCUCUUCCGGCGCCCGCGGAAAAGGGACUAAGUCAAAGGAAGUGGCAGGACAUAAUCGGAACCCAAAUCUUUUUUGGUCUAAAUAAGUAAAGCUGUGAGAACUCAAUAAACAGAGACAAAGGCUUGCUGAAGUUAGAAUUAUUUCGUAAUUCAAGGUUGGUUUGUUGAUUGAUUAAAUCUAGGAUUAAUUGAAUUGAGCGUGAGCUUGGCAAUGUGAAUAAGCUAUUUAGACACAAACUAAGUUUGAUGGCUUGUUUCUGAAUGCAAUUAUCUACUGGAAAAAUUUUCACUA